AUGAAAUAUCAUUGUUGUCAACUGUUUAACGGUGGUUAUUUUUCCAUUUCCAUAUAUAUAGUGAACCAGGGAGCUUUCAUUCUGUCUCUCCGCUUUGUUACGAUGGUAUAUUUAUCUUCACGUUCUGCGCACAGAUGGACAUACGAUGUGUUUGUGAGUUUCAGAGGGGAAGAUAUCCGUAAAACAUUUGUGGGUCAUCUGUUCAGUGAUUUCAGAAGGAAGGGGAUUUAUGCUUUUAGAGACGAUGAUCAGUUAAAGAGAGGAGAAGAUAUAUCACCUGGACUCUAUAAAGCCAUUGAACAGUCAAGGUUCUUGAUAGUUAUAUUCUCAAAAGACUAUGCAUCGUCAACAUGGUGUCUGAGGGAGCUUGUGAAGAUCCUCAAGUGUAAGGAGAUGGACGACGAAUAUGAAGUUCGGGUGUUGUACUACGAUGUGACACCUGAGGUGGUAAGGAAUCAAAGGGGUAGCUACGAAGAAGCGUUCGUGAAACAUGAGGGUUAUCAUAGAAAAGAGGUCCAUGAAUGGAAGGAAGCUUUAACUUGGGCUGCUGACAACUUAUCUGGAUGGGAUCUCCAAGCUUUGUCUAAUGGGCCUGAGCCGAAGUUUAUAGAAACAAUCUCAAACGAAAUAUUUCAUAAACUAACAAGCACCGGCCCAAUAGACGCCGGCGACAACCUAGUUGGACUAUACACCCGGGCGGAGCAAAUGGAUCUCACGCGGUUCGCUAAGCCUAAAUCAGCCAACAUUCACAUGAUUGGAAUAUGCGGAAUUGGUGGAAUCGGAAAAACCACAGUCGCCAAAGCCAUAUAUAACCUACUUCAUACACACUUCGAAGCAUACAGUUUCUGUGAAGACGUUAAAGGUGUUGAAAAACGUCACGGUUUAGUCCAUCUACAGGAAAAACUUCUCGCUAAUCUUAUGAGCCUAAGCGAUCUCAAAAUACGGAAUGUAAGUCAAGGCAUUGGGAUGAUGAAAAGAAGUAUGUGGGCUAAAAGGGUGCUCAUUGUGCUUGAUGACGUGGAUAAUCUUGACCAAUUCGAAGCUCUAGUAGGCUCACCUUCUUGGUUUAGUCCCGGAAGUAUGAUUAUAUUCACUGGUCGAGAUCGACAGUUGCUUACUGCUCAUGGAGUUGAGGAAAUCUUUGAGGUUGAUCUUCUUUGUGAUGAUGAAGCUCUCGAGCUAUUUAGUCUUUACGCUUUUCGAAAUAAGCAUCCUAAAGAAGAAUUUAUUGAUCUUUCAAACGAAGUGGUUCGCUAUGUGAAUGGACUCCCGCUUGCUCUUAAAAUUCUGGGUAGUUUUCUAUUUGGAAAAACGGUGGAAGAAUGGGGAAGUCAACUGAAGAAACUCCGGCGAUAUCCUGAUUCUCAAAUACAACAAGUGCUAAGGAUAAGUUAUGAUGGGCUUGAUUUUGAUCAGAGAAACAUCUUUCUUGAUAUAUCGUGUUUCUUCAAAGAUGAGAAGAAAGAUUAUGUUAUCAAAGUGUUGGGUGGCUGUGAUUUGUUUCCGGUGACUAAUAUUAGAGUUCUUAUUGAUAAGUCAUUGAUAUCGAUUCGUGAUGAUAGAUUGCAAAUGCAUGAUUUGGUUCAAGAAAUGGGUUGGCGAAUUGUUGAUGAAGAAUCAGAGGAGCCUGGGAAGAGGAGUAGGCUGUGGUUUACGAAAGAUGUACGUGAUGUGUUAAACAAGGAUAAAGGAACUGGAGCUGUUAAAGGUCUAGCCAUGGAUGUUUCAAGUUCAGAAGUUGAUAUUAAUGGUAAAACCUUCACAAGAUUGAAUAAUCUUCGAUUGUUGAACCUUUAUAUUGGAUCGUGGACUAGACUUCUAGACAACAAUGGAAAAAUACGUGAGACAAAAUUGGGGAUAGAAACCAAGGUGCAUGCAACUUCCGGAACGCUUGAUUUUUUGUCUAGCGAACUUCGGUUGUUUUGUUGGCAUGGGUACCCUUUCCACUAUUUACCAUCGUCGUUUUACCCCGAGAGCCUUGUUGUCCUUGAUUUAUCGUAUAGUUACAUCAAAGAAAUUUGGACCGGAUCGAAGGGCUUUAAAAGGUUGACAUCGAUGAAACUUGCUCAUUGUCGUAACUUGAUAAAGACACCCGAUUUCACCGAAACCCCGAAUCUUGAAGAGCUAAUACUCGAUGGUUGUAAAAGUUUGAAAGAAGUGCAUCCAUCCGUUGGAACACUCUGGAGUCUCGUUAUCUUAAAUUUAAAAAGAUGCAUAAACCUCGAAACUCCUCCAAACUGCACCGGAUUGAAAUCCCUUCAAAUCCUCAAUCUCUCCGGAUGCAAGAAAUUGGAUCAGUUCCCCCAGGAUCUUGACACAAUGAAAGAUUUAAUCGAGCUUCAUGCGGAUGGAACUUCAAUCGACCAACUCCCUUCUUCAGUAUCAAUCCUUUGGAACCUUCAAGUACUUUCACUAGGCCAACGAGAAGACAUGAUCAAAACACGAUCACUGGGUUCGAUCUUUUGGCCUUUAAGUAAGAUGCAUCAUCCACCGAGUGCAGCAGUAGUUCCUUCUUUAUCGGGUUUAAAGAUGUUAAGAAAUAUUGAUGUUAGCCAUUGCAAAGUAACGGAUGGAAGCCUUGGUGGAAUUGAAGGCUUAUCGAUGCUUAAAAUGUUGAAUCUGAGUGGGAAUGAUUUUAAAAGUUUGCCGAAUUUGGGGAAACUUUCAAGACUUGAAACGCUUGGAUUGGUUGGUUGUACAAAGCUUGAAGCAUUGCCGGAACUUCCACCGAAUAUUGAAGUGAUCGAGGCACAGGAUUGCAUAUCGUUGAAGGAAUUGCCGAAAAAGUCAACUCUGUAUGAAAGUAGCUUUCAAUCCUUUGACUUCACUAACUGUGCUAAAGUCAUCGAGAAUCAAUCCAUCGAAAGCCUGAUUACCAUGUUGCUGCCACAGGGACGCAUUGAUCCUUACAAGAUCCUAAGUGUUUACCUUCCAGGAAGUAGAAUACCUGGGUGGUUUACGCAUCAAACAAUGGGAGAUUGCAUAACAAUAGAAUUACCUCAAAAUUGGUGUUAUGAAAACUUCAAGGGAAUAGCAUUUUGUCUGGUUUUUACUCCAAAAAUCCACAACCGUCGGAAGAGUUACUACAAUUCAAUCGGGUAUCGAUACAGAAACUUCGAUGGUACUCCGAUCGGAAUGCUGUCUCCUAUUCCCGAUUCUGUAUUUCAAUACGAAAGCAUCGGAAUCAAGUCGGACCAGAUGUUGUUGAGCUAUGACCCAUCGAAACCAGAUUGGAAAAAAGCAAAGAAUUCCAUUUCGGUUUCUUUUGAAGUCUAUGGUCCAGAUUGUGUGGUGAAGAAGUGUGGUGCGAGACUGGUGUGUGAGGAAGACGACCGAGUACAAGAAGAAGGUAGCGGUUCUCGAAUGAUUCAAUGGCUGCUUCCAUCUUCUCGUGUGGAAGACGAGCUUCUGGUAUUACAGGGAGGCUGACUCUUGAUUUCUUGAAUGUGCCAUGGCCCAUGGACCUAGUCACCCCAACAUUCGGCCCACAAAUCUGUUUUUGUCUUUUCUGUUCUAUUUAGUUUUGAACGUAAUAAUGUUUAAUUGUUUAUAACGAAUUUUGCUCCAUC